CGGGGAGCGGGGCGAGCGGCGCUGGGCCUCGGGCAGCCCCUCCCGGGCCUCGGGCAGCCCCCCCGGGCCUCGGGCAGCCCCUCCCGGGCCUCGGGCAGCCCCCCCGGCCCGACCCCUGCGGGUUGGCUCCGUAUCCUGCUCCGGCUGCAGGGACACCGGGCAGGCAUGGUCGGCUAUGACCCUGAGGCCAACUGCGUCUCCACGCUGGAAGCAGCUGCAGCAGGAUCAGCAUCCGGCUUGGUCACUCGGGUCCUGAUCAGCCCCUUGGAUGUCCUCAAGAUCCGCUUUCAGCUUCAGGUUGAGCAGCUCUCCUCCAGGAACCCAGGGGCUAAGUAUCAUGGCAUCCUGCAAGCUGUCCAGCGCAUCUUUCAGGAAGAGGGGUUGGCAGCCUUCUGGAAGGGCCAUGUUCCUGCUCAGUUCCUUUCAGUUGGCUAUGGAGCUGUUCAGUUCAUGGCGUUUGAGAGCCUGACCAAGCUGGUGCACCACGUCACCUCCUUCAGCGCCCGCGACUCCUUUGUGCACUUCAUCUGUGGGGGCCUGGCUGCCUGCACAGCCACUGUUGCAGUCCAGCCUGUUGACACCCUGCGCACCCGCUUUGCUGCUCAGGGUGAGCCCAAGAUCUAUCGCAGCCUUCGCCAUGCGGUGGUGACCAUGUACCAGACAGAAGGGCCUCGGACUUUCUACAGAGGUUUGACCCCCACAAUCGUUGCCAUCUUUCCAAAUGCUGGUCUCCAGUUCUCCUCCUACAACAUCCUGCAGCAGUUUUCUGAAUGGGUGAUUCCAGCUGAAGGAAAGAAAGGAGGCAAUGUUAAAAACCUUGUUUGUGGGAGCUGUGCUGGAAUCAUCAGCAAAACCCUCACUUACCCUUUUGACGUGGUCAAAAAACGACUGCAAGUGGGUGGCUUUGAGCAUGCCCGGGCAGCCUUUGGGCAGGUACGGGUGUACAGGGGUCUCCUGGACUGUGUAAGGCAGAUGAUGCGAGAGGAGGGCCCAGGUGGAUUCUUUAAGGGCCUUUCACCCAGCUUGCUGAAGGCUGCUGUCUCUACUGGUCUUGUCUUCUUCUGGUAUGAGCUGUUCUGCAGCCUCCUGUGUGCCCUGAAGAACACAGAUAACGCUGGGAGGAAGGCAGGUUGAGAGGGGCAUGUGUAUGGCUACCUGGUGUUCUCCUGGAGGAGGGAAGACUGAUGGCUUUGCUCUGUCCUGAGCAUCUUGGAAACGUCAGAGCUCCCAGAGCUCCACCAGCCUGUAGGAAAUCACCUCCUGGGAUCAUGCAGAAAGAGAAGGCGACCGUGGUUCUGAAGACACAGAAAUGCUUUGCUGGGAGCUGUUCAACUGAGCACUUCUGUUUUCUGUCUCCUCCAUAUCAGCACACAUUUAGUGGGGGGAGUGAGAAAUCAAGCAGACAAGUAACUAGCAGAGAUUGUGCUCUGAAAAGGCACCCGAUAAAGUGGGUGAAUUCCUGUGCUUGCUCUGGAUCAGGGUUAAGGAUCCUGGCGCAGCUAGUGCUGCUUAACCAACAAACACCACUGCCUGUCGCUGCGUCCGCACAGCUUUAUUUCCCUGCUCUGUCACCUGCUGUUUGCACAGCUCUUUUCUUUCUGCAUGUUGCACAGGUAGCUCUGUCCUGCUGUUCUGAAGUCAGUUAAAACCUCUUUGGUGUUCACAGACUGUUGGAUUUCCUUUCCUUUGCUGCCAGCUUCUGCUGCUUCAUUACCACUGGCUGGCUGCACACUCUCAGCCAUCUUAAACACAGAAUCUUCUAGUGGCUCAUGCUGACUCAAACUUUUUCUUUCACUCUGGAGAAAUUGAUUGUAUCCUAAGUGCACAUUUCUCUUCCUGCUUGUCUUGCCAUACACCUCUUAGGUUUUUGCACUGCCUCAGUCACACUUUUCACAAGUAGACCUGCUGGUUAGGAGCCCCACUGUAAGGGGAUUCAACGCACAAGCCCAGUUCUUACUUCAGGGUUUUUUUUAAUGCAGUGAGUAAACAAAUGCUGUAGAGAGUUUUAGAAAUACUUAGUCCAAGCUGGAAUAAUGAAGGAAAAGUCCUGUGGAAACUAGUCUUUUAUUUUUUUUAAUACCACCUUUGAAUGUUUCUAGCAAGUAUUGCUGUAGUAGCCUCAAAACAUUUCUGAACCUCAGUCCUGCAGUGGUGCUGACAGAUGUAAAUGUUUUGACAAGAUUAGCUGAAUUGGGAGGACUGAACAUCAAAUCAGAAUUGGUUGGCUUUGCAUGGUGUUUGACAAGAAAAGGAUGAUGUCCAGUUAGAGCUGGACAAGGGUUUUUCUGGAGUUUCAAAGCCUUUAUGAAAGGUAAAAAAAACCCAAAACAGCCAACAAAGAGCUCUGAUUUAUGUGACAGGGGAAAAGAGGAAAAGAACUUUCUUCCCCCUCUUUUAUUCUUUGUUUUUUCAAGCUGAGCAGGGUGUGGUAGGACCAGUGAGUGGAAGGCUGACUUCCAAGGAAGAGCUGCUGUGAUACAAAAACACGUUAGUCAUCUGGCAAGUGGUGGAUAGGGCAGAGCACUGAUGUGAUUUAGAGGGUGGUUUGAUGGUUCUUCUCUUAAAGCAGAGCUUUUCAUGGCUCUUCUGCAACAUUCAGGGUGUUAAUCCCAAGUGGCCUGGCCAAAUUCCAGUGUGACCAAUUCCAUUCUGUUGACGCAACUUCUGGUGAUUUUGAGCAUAUCAGCACUGCUCACUUACCCUGAACUAUUGUGAGAGGCUGUUUUUAAAGAGCAGCUGUUUUCACUGGUAGCUGAGGUAUCUAGAGAGAUUCCUUGCAAGCCCAGGCCAAAGAACUUUGUGUCUGCUGUGGUUUGAGAUCUGGGAGUGCAAAGUGACUGGUUCACUGCAGGUGACUUGGAGAGCUACAUAAAAUUAAAUCCACUGAGCAAUGUCAGGCUAAUACAUGAGCCUCAAGGAGGGAGUGUUAGCUGCAUGUACUCUAAAAAAUGGGCAGUUUUGCUCUAGAGGAGAAAAUGCAAAGAAUGUGGAACAAAGUUUCUCAAAGUGCCUCAGUCCUAUUGGCGUUUUCCAGUGUUAUUUAAGCUUUUUCUGAGAUUCCCUCAAAAUCUUCCUAACAGUAUUUUUUCUUUGUUUAUUGUUCACCUGUUCUUGGAAAGAUGUCAUAACCACUAAUGAACUUAGUGACAUCCUGCUGAGGGAGAGAAACAUCUCGUUUCCAAACAGACACAAACAGGUUGGGAUUGUUACUGUAUUUGGGCUGCUGGUAGAGAGGAAUGCCGUCAUGGUUAGCAGAGACAGGACUGGCCACAGCAGAAAAUUUUCUGUGCUAGCCUUGGCUUCCACAGGAAAUUGGGACUCAUCUCACCUGUCUAAACAUCACAAGACUCUUGUUUUCCACUUUAUGUCAAAGAGCUGCUGUUAAACUGCACAAAAUAGGGGGAAACAGGCUAGGAACUUGUCAGUGGGAAUGGCAACCUCUGGAGUAGGGGGUGAGUUGCUUUGCUUCUCUCAGGGCUAAAGAAGAGAAAACUCUGCUAAGAGGAUGUUUCUUGAUGUGGAGCUUGAGGUGAUUCAGGCAAGUGGCUCCUGCACAGAGAGGGCAGCAGUGGAGACUGUAGAGCAGCUUUUCCUCUCUGGGAUAGUUUUUUUUUCCUUCACUCUGCAUUCCAUAGGCUUGCCUCCACCCAACAGAUGGCAGAGUUGGAGUUUCAGUUGUGCCAGUCUGGCCCAGGCUGUGGAAGAGGCACUCCCUGGUCAGAGGGCUCUGGCACAUGCCUUUGGGCUGUUAGUAAUAAAUGUUACAGGCCCCUAAAGGCUCUUGGUCUUGUGCUGAGAGAAGGAGAAAGAAGUGACAACUUCAAUUGUAUGAUAGUAAAAGUUGCAUCUAACAGUUGCUUCACCUCUCACCUCUGGUCAACAGCAUCUGUAUCUCAGAAAUUUCCAGUGUGCACUUUGAUAAGUGGGAGUCUCUGCUGGGGAGAGGACUAUAACAGGAAAACUGGUUUCUCCUUGGGGAUGAGACUGUUUUGGUGCAAAGCAUGAGGUCUUAUUUCUGAUGCUACUCUGGCAAAACACAAGUUGUUUGAAGUGGAAUUUCCCAGAAUUAGAGGAGCAGGAGGUGGGAGAGAUCUGCGCUCAUGUUGUUCUCCCAUGUGCUGGGACAGAUUUCCUCUUGGAAGCUCAUACACCAGUUCAGUUUCAAGUGACAACACAGUGAGUGACUUGCUGGGAGACUGCGCCAGAGUUUGCCCCUAGGGAGGGCUGGGAUUUCACUCUGGUGUAAUCCUGUCAGCAGGGAUUUGCGUCGCCUGAAAUUCACCUCACAAGCCGCUCAGCAGUUGCGUUUGUUUUCUUCUAGUGCCUUUCAUCAUCAGAACAUCCAAAAGCACUUCAGCAGGUUAAGUGUUGAAGGCAAGUUGCACUGUGGUUGUUAGGGGAUCCACCAUUGCUUGUAACUGCCCUCAGACAGGAGAACGUGCAAGUUCUGUGGUGAACCCACUGAUUUCUGCAGCGCCGGCUUCCUAGGACAGUCCUCAGGAUGCUCAUCUGGAGCUGCACAGCUUCAUUUUUGAAAAUAAAUGAAUGUUUUACAGUCUGACAUGGAAUGGAUUGUAUUUAGGUUGGGUUUCAGUUUCUCUUGUGAUGUAGAACUGUCAUUCUCUGCUGCGUUUUGCUGUGUUGCCCGAGUGGAUCUUUUGCAGCUGCUGUCUGAAAGCGCCCGAGCAGAAUGCGCACAACGUGGGCCUGCCUUUGAGAGAAGGUACAUUAAAUACUUUGUUAUGUUCA